CAAAACUACCUUCCCAGACAUGAUUGCACUUGGACACUCAAGACCUAGCAGCUCAACAACAGUACCUCAGUAUCGAGCGGAGCAUCGAAAGAAAACCUGAACUGCAGCAAACGUACACCAAAGUCUUGGAAGAGUAUCUGACCCUAGAUCACAUGGAACCCACAGCGUCGCAAGAGAUUAUACGUGAUGGGAAGUAUAUUUCCUUUUACUUACCCCACCACGCAGUUCUAAAGCCAGAUAGUAAAACUACGAAAGUGCGAGUAGUUUUCAACGCUUCCAAACUGUCUCACUCUGGCAUUUCUCUAAACGAUAUCCUCCACACGGGCCCCGUACUUCAAAAUGAUUUAAUGCUCAUUAUCCUCAAAUGGCGACUGUACAAAUACGUUUUCAAUGGUGACAUUGAGAACAUGUACCGCCAGAUUUACGUACAGCCAGAGGAACAAGAUUUCCAAAGAAUCGUAUUCCGUAGAACCCCUCAAAGCUCGGUCGAAGAUUUCAAAUUAAAAACGGUGACCUUUGGUGUCAAUUGCGCACCAUACUUAGCUAUAAGAACCCUGCACCAACUAGCCAAAGACUCACAUGACAAACACCCAAAAGCCUCUAAGAUUCUACUGAACGAAAUUUACGUAGACGAUAUACUGUCAGGCGGACAUGAUCUCGACUCGACACUCACUUCGAUGAAUGAGGUAAUUGCAGCACUAAAAUCAGCAGGUUUCCCAUUAAAGAAAAUGACAGCAAACCACAAAGAUAUACUCCAAAAUAUACCCACAUCUGACCGCUUAGAAGCAGACUUCCUCCAGUUCCAAGAUUCCAGCUCCACAAAAACCCUCGGAAUAAAAUGGAAUGCCCUUAAUGAUGAGUUUUCAUACUCAAUCGAUCCUCUUCCAGACUCUAAUGUAGCCACUAAAACACAAAUUUUUUCGUCCGUUGCUAAACUUUUCGACCCGGCAGGGUGGCUAACGCCAAUGAUGAUCCAAGCCAAAAUGUUACUCCAACAACUCUGGAUGGAAAGUACAGGCUGGGACGAAUCCGUCAAACCCGGCGCGCUUCACAAAUGGAACGCAUUUCAAGGAAACUUAAUAGCAAUCAGGGAAAUCCAAAUACCACGAUGGGUUCAGUUUUCCCUUAAUAAAACUAUCCAACUUUACGGAUUCUCAGACGCAUCCAAAAAGGCCUUCUGCGCCUGUGUCUACCUCAGAGUGGAACACAGCGAGAAUCAAGUAUCCUCUCAUUUGCUCGCAGCGAAAAGUAAGGUUGCACCCUUACAAACAGUUAGUCUACCUCGCUUAGAGCUCUGUGGAGCAGUCCUUCUCUCCAAACUAAUCAAGCAAAUUCAAUCCCAACUCGAUUUGCCAGCACACGAACUCACACUCUGGUCAGAUUCCUCUAUCGUUUUGGCCUG